AAAUUCUCUCUCGACUCUCAUAUUAUAUUUAUACAAUAAUACUAAAUACAAUAUAGGUGUACAUUUAAAGUCAUGACUUAUGUACAUAUAACAUACAUUUAUUAUUUUAUUCUAUAAUCAAUAAAGUUAUAAUACAUUUAUUACAAUAAAUUAUAAAAAAGUAUAAUAUAAUACCUAUAAACUGUUCUAUUACUAUUUGUUCUUUUUUAUAGUUAAGUUAUUAUAAUUUUAUCAUAUAUUAAAAUAUAUACUGCAUAGAAGUCUGAGGAUAGUAUAUACAUUAUACAUUAUAUCAUGCAUAAUAUAUUAUAUAUUAUCAAUGACCGAAAAAGUUAUAGGCACAGUAUAAGCCCGGCAACAAGCACUGCCCACAGAUUAAACAUAAACGUAAAUGAAACAUCAGCUGUAAUAGGUAUUUAUCUGUGAUACAUUCUAUAGUUAUAUACAUUAACAAAACAAUGUCUAAACUUUUACCCCAAAAAUAUUGUGAUGACCAUUACUCAAGCCAGUUUGUGUGUCAUCAAACAGUUUGAAAUACGACAAAUACACUUCUACAGUUACGGGACCAGGGCAAUACAUACAAUGUUGUGGAAUCAAUUACAGGCAGUAGCCAGUAGGUAACAUUUAUUAUGUGCAGAGAAAGAGUAUUACAAUACCUAUAUGGAGUCAGCAGAGUGGUGUGAAACCGUUUUUGUGAUUGGUAAAAGAACAAAUGCUGGAACAUUUGACAAUGGGAAUUGCAAAGUGUUUGAUAAAAAUGGAUAUCACUGGAUUGUUGAUCAACAGUUUUACAAAAAAUUAGAACUACCCGAAGAUCCAUGUAAAUGGGAUCAGGCGCAUGUAUGUACUUGGAUGAAAUGGGCUAAAAUUGAAUACAGCUUAACUAAUUUAAAUAUUUCCGAAUCAACAAUAAACGGGAAACAGUUAACUUCAGACAAUUUUUGUUGGAAUAUUACUGGUUUAGAAAAUAAGUCUUCAAAAGAUGAUUUUUGGACACAUGUUUGUCUGCUCAAAACUAAGCACAAAGUAUACAUUAAACAAAAUGAUGAAGAAUGUAUCAAUAUACGUACACUUCUAAACUAUAAAAAUAAAAUGUAUUCAAAUUCAAAUUUUAAUCAUGAUGUAGAAAUUUGGCAAUUUUUACUAAAUUUACUAACAGAUAGUGAAUAUCAAAAUGUGAUUGAAUGGAUUGAUGAUGAAGGAACAUUCAAGAUAAUAAAACCAAGUACUGUUAGUAUCAUGUGGGGUUUGGUUAAAAAUAACUGGAGAAUGGAUUAUAAUAAAAUGGCUUCAGCAUUAAGAUACCAUUAUGGAAAAGGUAUUAUCGAACGAGCUAAAGGAAAACAUGUUUAUAAGUUUGCUUGUGAUAUAAAAACUAUGAUUGGUCAUAGUCCUAUGGAUAUGAAGAGUAUGUUUCAACAAGAAUCUAAUUAAGGUACCUAAUAAUUGUAUUAUUAUGUAAACUAUAUGUAAAAUAAUCAUUUUUAAUUAAAUAAUUAUGCUGUAUACAUAUAUAUCAUCUAGAACUGCAAUAUUUGGUACAUAUUUACAAUUUAAAAUAGUGUUGUGAGCUAAUUAGUGACUUGUGGUACCUAGCUUUGUAUACUAAAUUUAAUAUAUAUUUAAUAUUAAUUAUUUUGUGUAAGUUUAAUUAAUUAUGAAUAAACUGAACCUUUAUGGGUUUAUUUAUAACACAA